AUGAAAGGCGGUGAUGUGGAGGCUGAAGGCCGACCGCCCUACCUCCAUGCCAUGAUUGCCGGCGGCUUUGGCGGGUCGACGGGCGACCUGCUCAUGCAUUCCCUCGACACGGUCAAGACGCGACAGCAGGGCGACCCCAACACGCCGCCAAAGUACACGUCGCUGGGGCGGUCGUACUACACCAUCUGGAGGCAAGAGGGCCUCCGGCGAGGCCUGUACGGCGGAUGGGUCCCGGCCCUGGGAGGCUCGUUCCCCGGCACCGUCCUGUUCUUCGGCACGUACGAAUGGGGCAAGCGCUUCCUGAUAGACCACGGCCUGCAGCAGCACCUGGCAUAUCUCUCGGCGGCCUUCCUCGGCGACCUCGCCGCGUCGGUCGUCUACGUCCCGUCCGAGGUCCUCAAGACCCGGCUGCAGCUGCAGGGCCGCUACAACAACCCGCACUUCAGGUCCGGCUACAACUACCGCGGCACCGUGGACGCCGCCCGCACGAUUGUGCGCUCCGAGGGCGCCGCCGCCCUCUUCCACGGCUACAAGGCCACCCUGUACCGGGACCUGCCCUUCUCGGCCCUGCAGUUCAUGUUCUGGGAGCAGUUCCACGCCUGGGCCAGGGCGUACAAGCAGAGCCGCCAGAUCGGCAUGCCGCUGGAGCUGCUGACCGGCGCCGCGGCCGGCGGCCUGGCCGGCGUCCUCACCUGCCCCCUCGACGUGGUCAAGACGAGGCUGCAGACCCAGGUCACCACCCCCCCGGACGACCAGGCCGUCGGCAAGCUCAAGGAGGCCGCCGCCGCCGCGCUGCAGGACCAGAAACGGCGCAUAUCCACCUCGUCCCCGAGCACGCACCGCCCCCAGCCCGGCGCCAUGGCCCUGCGCACCUCGUCCGUCCUCACCGGCCUCAAGGUCAUCUACCAGACCGAAGGGAUCGCCGGCUGGUUCCGCGGCGUCGGGCCCCGCGGCAUGUGGACCUUUAUCCAGAGCGGCUGCAUGCUGUUCCUGUACCAGCGACUGCUGCACCAGCUCAAAGUUGUGUUUCCGGCCGACCGCGACGAACCACGAGUGCACCUUGCCGCGUGA